CUCUAUCCCUCACUUCUUCUUCCUCCCCUAUUUCACACCUCUCUCUCACUUUCUAUUUUUUCUCUCACACAUAGUUAUCACAAACAAACACUACUAUAACUAUAACUCUAGUAUUAUCAAACGCACCGUUUUGAAUAAUACUAGUAACUUAAUUUUCCUUACUAUUACUAUGGCAUCAUCAUCAGAGAAUUUAUCCAGCAUUGAACCAUGGAUGUUUCGCUCACCGAUGGCGGACACGUGGCUACCUGAUUACAUAACUCGCGACACCGAUAUUAUAACAAAGGCUCUUCAGAAAUCACUCUCCGCCGCACCGGAAGAUGCACUCUCUCCGUUUUUAAACCUCAUCAAAACAGACUCCUCCGCCACCACCACCACCGCUACUGUUACUCCUACCGUCUCGAGUCUUUCCGGCUCCGACGAUUCCGCUCCAAAGCGUCAACGUGUCGCAGCAGGAAAGAUCUCGAAACGUAAGUCACGUGCUUCGAAGCGGUCUCAGACGACGUUUAUCACGGCGGACCCGGCGAAUUUCAGGCAGAUGGUGCAGCAAGUUACUGGAGUGAGAUUUGGUGCUGGUUCGAAUGUUUCAAUGGCGUCGGUGGUGAAACCGGAGCCGCAUAGGGUGAUGGGAGUCACCGGAGGAGGGAGAUUUUCGGCGACUGGUGUUGGUUGUUUACCGACGCUUGACACGUCAGCUUUUUUGCUAGAUCAUCAUCGUCAACAACAACAACAACAAACAGUGGUGGGGACUAACUCUGAUGGGCCUGAAAUGUCUGGGCUGGGCCCAGUUUCUUUUGGGCAGCCCAAUGAUGAAAGUGGUUUUGGUUCUGCAGGUUUAGAUUUUGAAACUUUCUCGAGUUGUUUUCCUACUCUGGAAUCGUCGUGGAAAGUAAUGUGAGAAGAAUUAAAAUGACCAGAUUCUCCUUUUCACUUUUUCCUUUUUUGCCCUCAUCGUGGGUUCUGGGUUGUAGUAGUAGUAGUUAGGAUAUUAUGAUGAUUAUGAUUGUAAAUUUGGGGAAAGGAAAAACAAGGAUAUGGAAAAUGGAUGUAGAAUGAAUGAAUUUCCUUUUUCUUUUGUUUUUUUUUUAUUUUUCUGUGUAAUUUAUGUUACAUAGUUCCUUUAAUUAUUAUUAUUAUUAUUAUUAUUAUUAUUAUUAAGUACUA